ACUUCGUACGUACUUGAAGCGAGAACAUACGUCUUUUUCUGCUGACCUCGGCAAAUUUCAAAAGCAACUUUCAUUAACCUUCAAAUCUUGGGGAAGGUUCAGUAGGAUCGUACUCGUCCAACCUCGAAAAUCAUCAUGCGAUCCCUUUUUCUUAGAUCUCUUGCGGGACCCCAACGAGCAUUUGCCCAACCUUAUACAUUCCAAAAAGCCUCGUUCCAAACGGUAUCAAGUGUUCACUCAUCGGAUGAGCAUCCAAGAGUGUUGAUCACGGGGGGCUUGGGCCAGCUUGGAACGGGUUUGGCGAGACAAUUACGAACUACUUUUGGAACUGAUAAUGUGAUCCUUUCGGAUAUCAUUCGCCCUGAUCGAGACAUUUUGAAUAACGGGCCAUUUAUCUUUGCGGACAUCUUGGAUUUCAAGAACCUCCAGGAGAUCGUCGUGUCCCAUCGGAUUGAUUGGUUGGUCCACUUUAGCGCACUUUUAAGCGCCGUGGGCGAGAACAAUGUUCCGUUGGCCAUUCGCGUUAACAUCGAAGGGCUGCAUAACGUGAUGGAAUUGGCCAAGCAAUACCAUUUGAAACUGUUCGUGCCGAGUACGAUUGGUGCUUUUGGACCGGAAUCUCCCCGCAAUCCGACGCCUAAUCUCACCAUCCAGCGACCCAAGACCAUUUACGGCGUGUCUAAAGUGCACGCAGAACUUCUAGGAGAAUACUAUCAGAAGCGAUUCGGCUUGGACUUCCGAUCCCUGCGAUUUCCCGGCAUCAUUUCCUACGAUUCCAAUCCCGGCGGAGGCACAACUGAUUACGCCGUUCAAAUCUUCCAUGAUGCGCUCACGAGUGGCAAGCAUACCUGUUACCUCAACCCUGAUACCAGAUUGCCCAUGAUGUAUAUUGACGAUUGUCUCCGAUCCCUGACCGAAAUCAUGAUGGCCCCCAAGGAGAAGCUCUCUAUCCGGACGUACAACGUGGCUGCCAUGAGUUUCACCCCGAAUGAGCUAUUCGCCGCCGUGAAGAAACGCGUGCCCCAUUUGGAAAUCGAGUACAAAGUGGAUGGACGUCAAAAGAUCGCCGAUUCGUGGCCGCAAGUUUUUGACGAUUCUCAAGCCAGAGGGGAUUGGGGCUGGGAACACAAAUUCGGCAUCCAAGAACUCGUCGACACCAUGAUCGAUGCUCUCAUUCCAAUCUAUGAGAAUCAACGUGUUGCCUCUGAGGCCAAAAUCAAUCAUCAAUAAGGGAUAAUCGGGGUUCGUUUUCAUGUCGCGUUUUUGUUAUUUAAAAAAAAAUAAAAAUAAACGUGUUUGCGAGUGUU